AUGAACUCCGGACAGUCUUCCCACCUCUUGGGCUGCCUCUUGAUGUUUGCGGCUGCUCUGGCCACAGAUCAGAUGCCAAGGCUAACCUUCCGGAAAGGUGAGUAACUCGAAGGACAGGGAUAGCAGCAGCAGCACCCAGGGGGAGAUACUGAAAGGGGGCUUUGAAAAAGAACGAGGGAGAUGUGGAAGAGGGAAGGCAGCCUGGGUUGUGAUGAGUGUUUUCGAUGAUUGCACUGCUUAUGAAUGCAAGCUUGGAAAUGAGUACUGAGAGCUGAAUUUCCACACAGGGUUUGAGUAGGGUUCUUUCCAAAAAACCAAACCAAGCAUGAGUAGGUUUCUAGUCCUCAUGGUGGCAAAGAUAGGCUUGCAACUGCAGCAAUGACACUCAGUUCUGCCGCACUUGUCUUAUGACUUGCACUCUCCCUCACUGAAGCAGCCUCCCAGAACACCUGCGCAAUGCCAACUCACCUUUGGAUUUUAGGUUCUAUCCAACUAAGGCUGUACCAACAUUGCCGCCUUAGAUUGCUGUGAAGUUGUUUGUUUCUCUGGGGCAUUUCACGGCUCUUUCUCCUCUAGCUGUUUGCAUCAGCACGUUCACAUCAUUAGCGCGUCAGAUUUACGCGCCACAGUUUACAUACCACAGGGGCAUUGACAGCAAAGAUGUCUUUUCCCUAUGCAUAGUUCCCAUAGUUCCCUGUGAAGAGGGACUGAUCAUUAACUGCUCUUGAGAACUAUAGCUCUGUGAGGGAAAUAGGGGCCUCCUAACAACUCUCAGCCCCCUGUCCAAACUACAGCUCCCAGAAUUCUUUGGGGGAAGCCUUGACUGUUUAAAUGUACUGUGUGAAUGUAGCCUGGCAUUAUCCUUGAAGGCCAAGCCUCUCUCACACUGGGAGGACAGAGGUUUGGCUCUCCAGAAGGGGGGGCAAACAGGCCAGGCUAAACUGCCACUGGCUCCCCUUCUUCACUUGGGCCUUGCAGCUCAGGCCUGACUCAUAGGUCAGCAGAGCAGCGUGGGAUGUCUUCUUUCCAUGGUGCUGCUAAGACACUUAUUUCUGAAAACCAUAUUAGGGCAAUGUCUUUAUUAGCCUAACCAAAGUGUCCUCACAAAACAUUCUGGGGCACAAUGUAUGUGCUCUUCCAAUGAGCAAUCAGUUGAGGUACACAUUUAAAAAAUGAAGGAACAUGCUUAAAAUGGCCUCCCCUUCUAACACAAUUAGGUAACUUAGGCCCCACUGAUACCAUACAUUUAAAUUAUUAUUUAUUGGAUUUAUAUGCCACCCUAUACCCGCAGGGUGGUUCACAGAAUAAAAUCAUAAUAUAAAACCACAAAAUACAUAAUCAAAAUAAAAACAACAACCCAAUAACCCCCCCCAAAAGGUCAUAGGAUGUCAAGGGGCAGAGGGUGUUAAAUCGCUGAUAGCAGCAGUUAAGAGGCCCUUAUUGCCCACAAUUGUUGCAGCUCCCUGUGAAGAGGAAUGAAUUGUUAAACCACUCUGGGAACUGUAGUUCUGUGAGGGGAACAGGGGCCUCCUAAGAACUCUCAGCACCCUUAACAAACUAUGCCUCCCAGGAUUAUUUAGAGGAAAGCCAUGACUGUUUUAAAUGUAUGGUGUGGCUGUGGCCAAAGAGACAGUGCCCCUGUCUAAGGCCAGCCGGCGAGUUUAUGGUGUCAGAGGUCAGAUUCAAACAAGGGCCGCCUUGAUAUUUUCACCACUAGAGCCACACCACCGUCCAUAUGCACUAACUCAUAUGUUUCCGUGUCCAUACACGUUCAUUGUGCACCAGUGUGGCAUAGUGGUGACAGUGGUGAACCUGGAACUGAGAGGACCCAGGUUCGAAUCCGUGAAGCUCAGUGAGGUGACCUUAGAGCAAUUCCCCAUCUCUUUGGGAAGACCAAACUGAGGAAUUUGCUGCUUUAGGAUGCAAUGGUGUCCCAUCAGCUUUAGAAGGAGGCUGGGCAAAUCAACGGAGGCAUAGGAGUCUCUUCCUAGGAGCCGAGGAUCCUUUGGCCCCUCCAAUAAAAUAUUUGAGGUGGCCAGCCCUCCCCUUCUGAAGUUGAUGUGUUUUGUGAUUGAUUAUGCAGGGCAGGGCUUACCUGGGCUCCCCCAAUAUUUUAUUCAAGUUGGCACCCCUGUGUAGAGGAUAAGGUUAUCGAAGGGUCCAAUCCCGAUGGCUUUGUGUUGGAGGUGGUGUGCCUUUGGAUCCCAGUUGCUGGGGAACAUGAGUGGGGAGAAUGGCUGCUUUUGCACUCGGGUCUUGCUUUCAAGCUCCCCAGAAGAGGCAUCUGGUUGGCCACUGCUUGUGCAUCCAGAGAGAAAGAGAGAUAAGCAUGCAUACUGCCUUGAACUCAUCAAUGGCUGAGGAGCAGUAAUUUUUAUCCCAGUCGACAUCUGCAUUGGAUUUUACAUUGCUUUUAGAUAUGUCUUUAUUGUUAAAUCACUUUGGGAAGUUUCAGGGCAAGUGUUUCCUAAAUGAAAUGAAAUGAAAUGUCAUAAAUGAAUAGAUGGCACUGUUGCGCACUGCCCCAAUCUCGGAGCAGUGAGAGACUCCAGGCACUUACCCAGAGUUUGAUUUCUUUAGGAAUGAAGGACAGCAGAGACUGGGGUGUCCUUAGGAGAUAUAAUUUUAUUCACACAUAUAUACAAGCUGAGCAUGGGGUGGAGUGGGGGUGGAGGCUCAAAGCGUUAACAUCCCACCAGAUCUUGCCUCCUCAGCCAAAACUCCCACAUACAAAUUCAUGGAGGAUAAGGAUCCACAAUACCUCUGCUCUGCCUCCAUGGUCGGAGGCAACAAUGGUUCUGAAUCCCACAGGAGGGGAGAGGGAUCUUGGGAUCAGGUGCUGCCAGCAGAUUUCCCACAGGCACCUGAGUGGCCACCAUGAGAACAGGACAAUGGACUCGAUGGGCCACUGGCCUGUUCCAGCAGGCUCUGCUUAUGUUCAUAUGUUCUUACACAAAGCCCUUCCAUUGGCUUAUUGUUUCUUUUCCUAGGAUGAUGGUGGCAUCCAGCUGGAUGAGGGGUGUGUGGGAAAUGCCCAGGUUCGCCUGGUGCCUUCAUUAUAUAUUUUUAGGCGACAGGCAUAAACGUUCCUCUUCAACCAGGCCUUUGGCUGAUUGACAUCCUACAGCCUUUUAAUUGUAUCUGUGGGAAGGUGGGGGCUAUUAUUUUGUUGUUUUGGUUUAAUUAUUUACUGUGUUUUAUCUUGUAUUUUAUUCUGUGAACCACCCUGAGAUCUUUUGAUGAAGGGCAGUAUAUAAAUAAAAUAAUAAAUACAAUACCUGGAGAGCAUCAUCACCAGGUUGCUGAUGAGAAUGCUUUACCGGCCAUCUGAAGUCAUGGUCUGGUCUGACUGGUUCAUCUCACCUUGGGUUGCUUGGAGCAGACUCCAUUGAGAUGAAUGGACAUGACCAACUUUGCUCCAUGAAUUUCAGCAGAUCUGCUCUGAGUAGUGCUAGCAGUGGCCCCAAUCCUCUGCCUAUAUGCUCAUUGCUCACACAAAUGCAUGUUUGUGGUACGCAAGUGAGAAGAGGGGCAUCCUUCCUCCACACUGGCUUAAUUUAGCAGCCCACAGCUCUGGCCACUGAACUGCUCUGUGCAAAGGAAACUUAUCAAGUGGCCAGAGGGUGGGAGGAAGACGGAGGGUGGCAGCAGUUCCUUUGUCAACCCAAAAUAGAGCCGGUGUGGUAAAAGCAGCAUCUUCCGGCAGUAAUUACUCGGACAUCUGUGCUGCCGACGUGUAGGAAACAAACAGCAUCUGCUGCCUCUCCAGCCCAUUGAUUCCUUCUCUCUAAUCGUUUUUUGCUGUGAGAUGGAGACUGGAGUGGGUCAGAAAGAGAAAAGUGGGCAGGGGCUGGCUGUGGACUAGAGAGGAAGCUGCAGCAGACUAAGUCCAACCCUGUACCAUGGCUCUUCCCCUCCGAAUAAAACAAGGUUCUAGACCACAUGUUUCUGAAUAAAGGGCUGCUUUUAAUAAGAAGCUGCCUUGCACAAAAUCAGACCAUUGCUCCGUCUAGCUGUCAGGACUGUCAAGACAGACUGGUAGUGGCUCUCCAUGGUUUCAGGCAGUGGUCUUUUCUGGCCCUACUUGGAGAUGCCACAGAUUGAAGCUGGAACCUUGUGCAUACAAAGCAGAUGUUCUGUCAUCACACUAUGACGCCCCCCUCCCCCACCCAACCUGGACCUAGGGAAACUCCAUGGAUGCUGUACAGUGCAAACUAAGUGCACUUAAACCUCUGGAAGCCAAUGUACACAAGACCGUUUCAGGCCUAGAGCCAAAAUUCUUGUGGGUUUUUUGGAAGGAGAAGGGAGGGAGGGGAGGACCCUAAAAAUACACUUGUGCAUGGGUGGGUGUCGGGGAGAGGGUAUUUUUUUAAAUUUAAUUUAAAUGUGGGUUACAUAAUCUGAACUUCCAACUCAAACCAAAUCCUCAAAGUGGAGAUUAAUAUAUAUAUCAUUGUGCGCACCCCUCCAGAGCAUGAGAAAUUUUGGGAAGGACCUUGGCUCGAUGGGAGAGCAUAUGUGUUUAGCUAACUGAAGGUCCCAGGUUUUAACACCGUGAUGUCUCCAAGUAGUGCUAUGAGAGAUCCCAUCUGAAACCCUGGAUUGCUGCUGCCAGUCAAGGAAAUAGGAUGAAUGACCAGUCCCAAUGGAUGAAUGGGCAGUUCCAGUAUAAGGAAUCUUCCUAUUUACAGUAAAUCAGACUUUUUGUUCAGAAACGUGGACUAGAAACAUACCGUACUUUGUUUUGAGGGGAUGGACCCCAUAGUUGUGGGGCUGAGCAUCUAAUACCUGCACUGCAUGCAGAAGCUCCUAGUUUCAGCUCAGGAGUAGAGCAUCUGCACUGCGUUCAGAAAGUCCCAUCUUCAAUGCCCAGCAUCUCCAAGAAUUGCUAGGGAAAAAAUGCUGCCUGAAACCCCAGAGAGCCACUGCCAGUCAUUGUAGGCCAUGCUGAGCUAGAUGGACUAAUGGUCAGACAGACUCAGGAUAAGACAGCUUCCCAUUUUCCUAAAUUCCAGUAGCGCUGCACUCACUCAGGCUUGGUGCCCUUUGGAAUGAGACAGCUGGGGGUUUGCUGCCAGUUUAUAACUCAGAGCCAUUUACAGAUAUACCAGUUGUGUGGAGGGGAUGGAGGCACCCAGCCAAUGUCUUCUGCUCUCAUAUAAGACUUUAGGGUGACUGCCAGCACCCUAAGAACCCCAAACUCUGCUCUCUGUGUCUAUUCUCAGUAUGGACCGUCUUCCCUUUGCACAGACCCCUGGAUGACAUCCUUUGCUUUUCAGAUGGCAGGAGAAGAGCUGCUUCAGAACAUUAAAAAUAGGAAUGGUCCUGUAUCCAGAAACAAUUGGCUAGCAAUUUAGUUCCCAUGGCAACAUAUUGCCAGGCUAUUGACACUCUGUCAAAUCCAGGUGUUGCUUCAGGAUAUUGCUGCACUGAUAGCCCUGCUCACAUAACAACAUGCGUGUGCUUGUAUGCAUAUUUUAAGAAUGCUCCCAAAAAUCUCAUUUGAUUUUCUUGCUAGAUUUCUUCUUUCUGAAGCAGUACCAGUGCAUUAGGAAUUACCCCUUGUUCUUUUAAUGUUAAUUAAAAACCCUGAAGCUUGUAAUGUUCCUGUGCAGAAGCUGUCUCAUACCAUUGUUCCAUCUAGCUCAGUAUCAUCUACACUGACUAGCAGCAACAUUCCCAGGAUUUCAGGCAAGGGUGUUUCUCAGCCCUACCUGGAGAUGCCGUCGGAGACUGAAUCUGGGACCUUCUGCAUACAAGGCAGAUGGUCUGCCACUGAGCUACGUCCCUCCAUUUGUGCUUCCUCUCAAUGCCUUGCCAUGCUACUGAUGUGCAUGUAGGCUUUAAGAAAAUAUUGCAAGGUUGCAGUCUCAAUGGGAUUGUGUGCACAAGUGCUUAAAAUUCUGUUUGGUGUAGAGUUUAUGCAAGUCCACAGGAGUGUAUGUGCGCACAUCAGUAAAACACAUGCAAGAAAUGCACAGUCAGGUUUGCUUCUUUGCAGUGUUUUGGUGGCUCAGUGCAUACUUGUGUGAUGUUACUAUAGCACAGAGCAAUGAGAAAUGCAAAUUCGACUGCUUUUCUCCAAUUAUGGAAUUAAUUUUAGGACAUCUCCAACUUAAAUCAGAAUCCAGGUGGACUGGAAGGCUGAGCAGAGUCAUCUCACUGGCUCUGCUCAGAAAGAAGGAGAAGGGGUCCGUCUGCUCCAUUGCUAGAGAAGUCAAGGAGAAGAACUAAAAGCUAAAUCAAAGAGGGAGCUCUUAGUCUCUGUUUCUAUAUGUUGGGAGGGGGCUGCAAGGUGUUCUUGGUCCCCAAACCAACCACUGCAGCCCUUGGGGCCUCCAAAAGUUUGCCUACCCUUGCUCUUGCAGGCCAGCUCAGUGUUUUAAUUCUAAUCUGAACUGCAUCUCACCACUUCCUUCCUCUAAGGUUGUGGUGAGUUUUAAUUCAGAGAAGUACUGACAGUGUCAGCUCAGAGUGAAUAUUGCUGCAGAUGUUGGCAAGUAUUGUUGGUGUGUUCAUUGGCUGAAGGGCCCGAACGGAUGCAUGGGCAGCUAGAGACUCCAGGGCACAGGCCCCAGUGGCUUCCACAGGAACCUAAGAACUUGCCUUUUAUAAAUUCAUCUGAUUCAGUAUUGUCUGCCCUAACUACCAGCAGCUCCCCCAGGGUUGCACAUGGGGGUCGUCCCCCCCCCCCAAUCUUGCUUGGAAAUGCCAUCGGACAAACUUUCUGCACAUAGAAAAGAUGCUCUACCACUGAGUUAUAGUCCUUUUCAUUUGGAUCUUGACACAACUUGUGGGGAAGGACAAUAGCUCAGUGGGAGAGCCCUUGCAAGCAGAAGGUCCCAGGUUCAAUCCCCAACAUCAUCUGGGUAGGACUAGGAGAGGCCCUGCCUGAAACUCUGUAGAGUCAUUGCCAUCCACAGUAGACAAUGCUGAGAUAGAUGAGCCAUCUCUGUCUAAGUAGGCUUCCUAUGUCUCUGUGUCCUUGUGCAUAGGCCCGAUCCCAAGCAAAUGUAACUCUGACACCAGUGUUAAGGAAGCCAUAGAAAGCUUGCGGCGAUAUGUUACUGUUUGGGGUGGGGGCUGCCUAACUGGGGAGGGGGCAGUCGCAUAGAAUCUGUUAACAAUGUUCUUUCUAUAUACCCCUUUCCUGCCGCAAAGUCCAAGUGUUCUAACUUUGCAUUUCCUAAUCCCUACCCUUGAUAAAUCACUCUCUCCCUUUACUUAUUUGCUUCCUAGAUUCUAGGUUGGAAACCUCCAACCACAUUUCCUGGGCAGCUAUUUUGCCCAUCUUUGCCUUGGGGGGGGGGGGCUUAGCAUAUAAGUUAUCAUAGAAUCAUAGAGUCAGAAGGCACCAUGAGGUUCAUUUAGUCCAACCCCCUGCAAUGCAGGGGUUUGCAUCUGUCCCAUACAGGGAUGGAAUCUGCAACCAUGGCUUUAUCAGCACCAUGCUCUAACCAGCUGAGCUGGCAUUGUGACGUCAAUGCAUCUUGUCCUUACUGCUGGCACAUGGAAAUACUUGGGCAGUGAAGUAAGAUGCUGGCCUUGCCCUCACUUCUCCAUCAGGUCACCAUGGCUUUGCAAAGUUAAAUGGGUAAUUUCCAACCUGUCUCCCCUUUAAAAAAGGAGGAACUUAUUCCCGGACUCUGCCUUUCCGCCUCCAGCCCAUCAACCACCAUUGGGGCAUGUGGUUAAUCCUGCCCUGUGUGUGCAUUGGGUGCAGCCAAAUUCUGUUGCAGCAUUUCCUGUGCGCAGAGGAGGAGGCCCACAGUGACUCUGGUAGAGAUGGAUGCAAAAUUCAAUUCCGUUCACAUUUAAAGGCCAGCUGACCUAAUCUGAACUUUCUGAAAUGAGAUGUGAAUGGAAAGGCAGCCAUCCUUUGAAAUUCGCAUUUUGCCGAAUUUUGCUAUUUAUUUUCUCUUUACAUUUAUAUUCCACCUUCCUCCAGGGAGCCCAAGGUGUGACAUACAUAGUUCUGUUCAUCUCCAUGUUAUCUUCACAAGAGCCCUGUGAGGUAGGUUAGACUAAGAGUGAGUGACCAGCCCAGGUUCACCCAGCAAGCUUCAUGGCUGAGUGGGGAUUUGAACCCUAGUUACUUAGUCCAACAUUCUAACCGCUUCACCACACUGGCUCCAGGGAAUAUAGUUCUCCAGCCAAGUAAUGUGUACAAAAGGCACACACUGGUGUAUAAUGUCCACAUAAUGCCGAUACAGGUGAAAAUAACAAACAAAAUGCAUUGUAUGAGGGAAGUUUGCUUGCAAAAGGGUGUACAUUAGACUGCAAAAAUGUGUUUAUUAGGAGAUAUGCACACUGAAAUGCUGAUUAAUUUCUGUGAAUAUUUUUUUAAAAUCUGCAAAUUGCUGUGGAAAUGUGGAAAAGUAAACAGGGUGGCGCAUCAUGUUUUUGCCGCCUGAGGCGAAACGGGAAGGUGCUGCUACUGCCACCUUGCUGCCUCCCUUACCUGAGUCACAUGGCAGUGCCUGUGAAGUGGCAGUGGCAGGUUCUGGCAAUAUCUUGCCGGAAGCUUCCACCACUGCUGCCACCACUUCUCUGUCACUGGCAGGGGUGGGUGAGACGCUCUUGGGGGCACGGCCUCAGCAUUCUUCAUGGGUGGCCCAGUCCUGAAAGGAAAAUUUAAGAUUGGAAGAACUGGAAACUUUGACAGAUUUGCCCAACUCUCACCUGGGAUAGCUUCUUUCCAAAUAGAAAUCAUACAAAGAAAGACUUGUUUUCAGAAAAAGAGCUGAGUAAAGAAAGGAGGGGUUUGACCUGAGGGAGGAAGGAAGCCUAAUGGGGCCCUUAGGAGCAUGUUUCGGUUAACUAUCAAGCCAUUUCCUGAUGGCAGGAGGCAGGGUGUUAAUUAUAGGAAAUGGAUCUCAUUCAGGACAUGUUACUUUAAAAGGGACUGUCAAGAUUGCAAGCAUACAUUUUACUCAAACUCAGUUUCCUGUUAAGCUACUGAAGAGUUUGGGGUGAUGAUCUAAUUUCACUGCAUUCAGGGCCGUCUUACCCAUAGGCCGUAGUGGUGCGGGGCACCAGGGUGCCGGGCUCUCAGGGGCACCAGGCCAGGAGUCUGGGGCCCGAGAGCUGGAGUCUGGAGAAGCGGCCAUGGCAGCGGGUGAUGGCCAGGGGAGAAGAGGGGAGCCCCAGGCCCCCCGAGGCCUCCCCCAUGCCCCUCCAGAAAUGGCGCCCUGCGAGGCCGGCGGUGGGAGUUCCCGGCACCUUACUCUGCUGCGUUUGCCCUGGCUGGGUCUUGGCACUGGUGGCGGCCUUGCUGGCCGCAAAGUACUAUCAGGACUUGGUGGUGGCCAGUGGCAGAUACCGGCUUAGGUAGCCUCACCACGGGGGAUGGAGAAAUCUUUGUGAGGCAUCUGCAGGAAGGGAUGCUGGAAGUCGGGGCUUCUUGGGGGGCAGUGAAGGGGAGAAUGAGUGGAGUCAGGACUGGUCUCAUGUGGCUGAGAAGUUGGCGGGCAAAAAAAGACAUUUCGGGGGUGCCUUUUGUUUUGCAUUUGGGGAACCUUUUUGUUUUGCAAUCUGUGUAUAGUGCAGCCCCGGAGCUGCCUGUUCAGAAAGGAAGCCUCGUGACUUCCAAGUAAAGUGUGUAUCGCAUUGCAACUUCACAGUGCCAUCCUCUCCCAAGUCCCGUGUGGGAUUCUUCAGCGGGAUAUACCAGUGAAUAGACUGGUAGCCUGAGGUUUGCGAUUGUCCGUGUGCUUGGGAGCAAGUCCGCUUGAAUACCACGGGGUGCACUUCUGCGUAGACAUGCAUAAGCUUGCAAUGUAAAUAUACCUCGCGUAGCAUUUAAUGAAUGUAGGCAAUUAACAGCCACAGGGAUGGGAUCGCCAUCACUGCACAUCUUCCGUAACACUAGUCAUCCAAUGAAGCACAAUGGUGGGAGAUUCAUAGGCACAAAUUUAUUCACCCUGUACAAUCCAGAUGUUGUUGAACUACAACUCCCACCAACCCAAGCCAUCGGAUAUGGGGGGCUGGUAGGAGCUGAUGCGAAUUGUACUCCAACAACAUAAUAUGGGGUGCGCCACAAUAUCUGCCCCUUUGGUACAUAGUUGAACUAUGAGAUUUGUUGCUACAAGAUGUGAUGAUGGCUACAGGCUUAGAUGAUGUGUGUGACAUGUUCAUGAAAGGUCUGUUGUGGCUAUUAGUUAUAACAGCUACCUAGAAACCUCUGUGUUUGUCCGAAUGCCAGUUGCUGGGGUGGCUGUCUUGUCAUGGUUGUGGGCUUCCUAGAGUAUCUGGUGUGUGAUGCAGAACUAGAUUUAAGUAUUUCCAGGUGGGAAGUGCCAGGUGCUGCCCAGGAAUUUGAGGAAAACAAAAGUCCUUUGUAGGUUUUAAAGCAGGGGUUGGAUGGCCAUCUGUCAUGGAUGCUUUAGUUGAGAUUCCUGCAUUGCAGAGGGUUGGACUAGAUGACUCUUGGGGUCCCUUCCAACUCCACAAUUCUAUGAUCUCCAGUGCCAGAGACAGCAUGCCUCUGAGACUGUGCACACCGUACUUCAAAGCUCAUUUAACAUGCGCACGUACUACAAGAAUCCUGGGAACUGAAGGAUGCUUGAAAAUGCCGCUCUGAUGUGUAACUACAGUUAACAGGAUUCUUUUUGAGUGGGCGGGUGCUUCAGAAGUGCUUUAAAUGUUUGCUUUGUAUGCAGCCAGAAUAUGAGUUACUGGGGAAUGACAGAGAGAGGGCUAAGGUGCUCAUGUCCUGCACAAGGGCUUCCCAUAAACUUCUGGGAUGGUCACUGUAGGAACUGAAUGCUUGACUAGAUGGGCUCUUAGUCUGAUGCUGCAGAGCUCUUCCUGAGUAAGGAUAUCCCAUAAUUCUUCUUGACGUAUAAGCAUUGUGUUUAGGUGAACAGGGAAACAUUACUGGUGGUUCUUUUCCUCAGUACUGUGAGUGAGGUACACCACGAGGUGCCCGGCUUUGCUCAGUUACAGACACCGAUGUUUCGGGUUGCUUUGUUGCCCUGGGCUGGGGGGGCAGAUCUUUGCACCCCGGCACUGCAUAUGCUUAAGACAACCCUGACUGCAUUCACUUCCUCCUUCUUAGAAUGAAAAGUGUGGACAUUCAUUCCACUUUGCUUGCUUCCCGAUUUCCACAUCCAGCAGCCUCAGGAUGGCUGCAGCAGGCAAGGAUUGGCAUGGAGCAGGUUAUGGCUACAAGAACAUCCUGCUUUUCUCAUUAGGGACUCAUGGUGGCAUAUAUGGUUCUCUUCCUCCCAGUUUAUCCCCACAACAACCGUGUGAGGUAGGCUAGGGUGAGAGAUAAGUCAAGGUCACCCAGUGAGCUUCAUGGCUGAGAAGGGGUUUGAACCCAGGUCUUUGAGCUCUUAGUCUGACAACUCUAAUCAACACAUUUCACUGGCUCACAUGGCUGCCACGAUUUGGUUUCUUCUUUUUCUCCCCAGUAUUUUUUCACUUGCUCACCAAAAAAAUCAUCACAGAUCCAGACUUAGAAAAUUCUCUACCCUUUGUCAAAGACAAAACUUUUAAUAAUAAGAAUACCUAGCUGCUGCUGCUGCUUUCAAACUUAACACUUCUCAUCAUUGUAAUCUUACCGACACCCUUGUAAGGUAGGCCAAUUAUUAUCCUCAUUUUUUGCACAGGAAGGGUGCAACCUGUAUAGGCUGUGGUCUGUACUUUGAGAGUGAAUGCAAUCAAGCAGACCAGCUAAACCAUCCCUCUUUACUGCCCCUGCCACCAGAGUAGACACAGAACGGGGGGGGGGGGGCAAAGAAGCUUGACCCUCUCCACCCAGCCCAGUCCCCUGAUGGAAAUGCAAAUCUCCUGCUUUCCAGUCUUCUACUUGAUCAGUUCAUGAGCAGGGGGGUGUGUGAUUACCUCCCCUCCUCACUGAUUUGCACAGCUCAGCUGGGGAAAGGGGUUAUGUGUGCUGUGUAUGUGUGUGAGAAACACAGAAAGUGGUUUGUGUGACCAUGCCAACUUUUGGCCAUGUCCACCCCAGAAGGCUGACUAUGGGUGGAUGAUGCUCCCCCCCCAAAAAAAAUUGUUAGCCACCCCUAACUUUAGGGGUCACAAUAAUUUCUGAAGAGGUGUUCUAAAAAAUAAAUGAACCUAACCAUAUUUUCUCCUUCCUCAGGGGAUUCCAGCCGAAUAGUUUUCUCAUUCCACCGAAAGGGGGUUCAGAAUUACGACACUUUUCUCCUGAGCAAAGAUGGGGCAACUCUCUAUGUGGGAGCCAGAGAUGCUAUCCUUGCUCUUGACAUCGGCAGCCCUGACUCCAUCAGGCUGAAGGGUGAGGUGAGUGGGAAAUGGGGAUUUGAGAUAAGAUGUGCUGGAGGAAAAUGAGGGGGGUGGGUCUGACAUGGUGUUCUGGUGAUGACAAGCCUUCUGCCCCCUCUCACAUAGCUACCACCUCAUCUCUUUAGAAAGCUCAACUCCCAGGGGGUGGCGAUUUCUUUGAAUCCCAAAGAAAUACAAGGAGAAGCAGGGCUAGGCACCAAUUCCCCUUCUCAUUUCCUCAAGACCAGCGUGACUUACUUUUGCCCAGCAAAGCCUGCCGUUAUAAGAUCGUGAACCAAAGGGUCCUAGACUCAUGAGGGGGAAGAAUGCUCUUUGAGUUUAGCCGCAAGAACUAAUUUCCUAGAAUUUCUUUAGACUCAGAUAGAAAAUAAGAGGAAAGAGUGCAAAGGUGAAAGCAGAACAGUACGUCAAAAACAAACGAAGCAGUUCAAGCCAGGUCUCGCUAAACUGUUUCGGUUCCUUACAGGCAGGUUUCUGGACACCUCAAGUACAGGAAUCUUAUGUGGGGGUUGCGUUCCGGGGGAUUGUGCCUAAAGGAAAAACUGCAUAUAGUCAAGACAUAGGGUUCAAUGGUGGGUGGGAUUGCCAAACUCUUUCCCACCCCAGAUGCCCUGCCCCUUGCCACCACCUUCUUAAUUCCCCUUUUUUGUGUGCCAAGCCUGUAAAGCUGAAUGCGCACAAGUUAAAUGCAUGUAAGUUAAGAGCUUACUGUGUAGAGUUAAAAAUAAAUAAAUUAUUACUUGUACCCUGCCCAUCUCAAUGAGUUUCCCCAGCCACUCUGGGCUGCUUUCAAUAGAAUAUAAAAGAACCCACCAAAAUAUCAGAUGUUAAAAGCUUCCUGAUACAGAACUGCCUUCAGAUGUCUAUGGAAGGUCAUAUAAUGAUUUAUCUCCUUGACAUCUGAUGGGAGGGCAUUCCACAGGGCAGGCACCACUACCGAGAAGGCCCUCUGCCUGGUUCCCUGUAGCUUUGCUUCUCGCAGUGAGGGAACCGCCAGAAGGCCCUCAGAGCAGGACCUAAGUGUCCAGGUUGAACGAUGGGGGUGGAGGCACUCUGCACUCAUGGUCCAACGCAUUGAGGACCACAGGAUUAUAUAACAACAGCCCUCUCUUAAAAGGUGCCAUCCCAGGUCCUGUUUAACCAGCAGAAUUAGCCAGCUGAUCACCUUCACCAAAAUAAUGUCCAGAGGCCAGAGACAAGUGGCUGUAAGGUGGGAAUAAGCCACCUAGUGAAAACCACAACAUUAUCUCAAUUUGUGGACAGGACUUCUCCGUUUACAGAUAAUAGAGGACUAGGAAGACUCAAGAAUCUUAAAAGGGGCAGACUGGGGACAGCAGAAAUGUGCCACAACUGGCACUUUUCCAAAUGUUGUGCUGCCGUUUCUCUAAGUGGGCAAAAAGAAACAUGUAUUUGGAUAGGGAGGGGAAGGAAAUAACAUGCAAAAAAUGUGUUAUAUUAUUAGAGGAAAUGGCAAACUGCAAUUUGCUUAUCAGCCCUACAAUGCUGACAAAUUUCACGAGGGCGUUAAAAAAAACCCACAAAGGGAUAUGCAAAUGUGGAGAAUUGAAUUUUAGACUGGAAAAAUGAGAAACUCAGAGAAUUACUACUACUACUACUACUACUACUACUACUACUAUCUAAAGUCUUUCCCUUUUCCUGUGAUAGAUACUGUGGGGCCCCACAGCCACAAAAAAGGUUGAGUGUGUCUUCAAGAAGAAAAGCAAUGAGGUAAGAUAUGUCUAUGUCUCUCUGUGUGUGAAGCUUUAUUUCCUUGCUUAGGAAUUAUAACUUAGUCUGUAUGUGUGUCUGCAUGCUGCAAAUAUAAAAGCAGACCCUGAAUGGGGUGGGGGUUGAAUCAGGGCCGGUGGACAUGAUGCUGACGAAGGGGGAGCUUAACUCUUUCCUCCUGCAUUUGGCUGGUUUUGGUCCCUAUCUCCACUCCAAAACUGCUGCCUGACCCAUGGGGUAGGGGUAGGGGUAGGGGUGGGGGUAAGAUAUAGGAAACUCAGCUUUGCAAGAAGAAGAAGCAUAAAACCAGGGGUGGUUCUGCUUGCAGGUCUCCUGUGCCAUGUCUAGUGUGCCUUCAAAUUGGUAUUUUCUGUGGGGCCAGGCGAGGGAGGAACAAGUCAGUCCAGACGUAUGCUUAAUACAACCUAAAAUGGCUUCAGGACUGUGGGAUCUACUCUGGGUGGGUGGGGGUUUGUCUGUUUUUUUUGGGAUGAGGGGAUUACUUGCUCUCUCAGAUCCACUGGUGCCAGGUGCAAACCAUGUACAUUGACAGUUAAGAGAAUUUUGAGCCCAGGAGUUUGUCUUGAGUGCUAGAACUGAAUGGAGAUCACAGUCCAUAAAUACACACACACACACACACACACACAGAGAGAGAGAGAGAGAGAGAGAGAGAGAGAGCGCGCGCCAUUCCUGGUCUGCUUGCUCUGCCUCCCCCCCCCCAUUUCUUCAUUUCAACAGUAUAAUUUAAGGGGUGGAUGGGGGUCUUUGUUCCUGCCAUUGUUAAACUGUUGAGAAUCAGAAAUCCUUGCCGAUGUAUUUCAAAUCACCCAGGGCACUUGUCAAAGCAGAAUUAUGCACAAGUGUCACUCCCCCUGGUGGAUAGUUUAUUCAUUUGCUUAUUGGGGAAUUUAUAGCUUGUCUUUGGACAAGAGAGACCCUCAAGGAGCAGUAAUGAAAACCAAACAGACAGUCUUGACUGUAAGCUGAUUAAACAAAGGAGAGGGGGGGGGGCAGCAGCCUCCCAUACUUGAAACUAAAAGCCAAAGCUUGUCUGGAUAAAUAGAAGUUUGGGGUCUAUAUAAAGCUCUUGAAUCUGUCAGACCUGAGCAGGUAAUUCGUGCCAUAACUGUUGGGAGCCACCACCAAAAGGCAUUCUUCUGGAGUGCCUCCCAAUCCUAACAGAUGGCGGGGCUUUGCUAGAUUUUGAAGAGCAGGAUGGUGCCUCUGUGUCAUGGCCCCUUAUCUUGCACAGCCUCCUGAGCCAGGUGAGACUCAUUGGAAGAGGAAGAGUUACCCCACGAAAGCAGCUGUAAGAAGGGCCCAUAGCCUCCCAUGUAGAGGAACUGCAGGCUUCAUGUUUUAAGGAAACAAAUAAUGCAGGUGUUACCUCUCAACCACUUCAAAAACCCAUUUGAACUUGUAAGCGGAAAAGGGCUGCUUUCGUGUGCAUUCUGUACACUGUAGGACACAGUUGUGCGUUUCAACAACCUCCCGGUGGAAACUUCCUCUGGGAUGCAAAUUUAAGUGGCAGCUGAAUCUUGAUUUCCCCUCUUUAUCUCCACAGACAGAAUGUUUCAAUUUCAUCCGUGUCCUGGUGCAGCUGAACGACACACACCUUUACGCUUGCGGGACGUACGCUUUCAGCCCCACCUGUACUUACGUUGUGAGUUCCUGGGGCAGAGAGGGAAGGGGGCGGUCUCCACCAGGCUAGCAACUAAGCAAGGAGUAGCCAAGGUGGUGCCCUCUGCCAGUUGUUGGACUCCAGCUCCCAUCAUUCCCAACCACUGGCUAUGCCGGAUGGCGCUGAUGGGACUUGUGGUCCAACAUCUGCAGGGUGCCACACUGGCUAGUCCUGGACUGGCGAAAACCUCUGCAUCCUUUGUGAUGUUGCAUCUAAUCUCCAGGGGAGCACCCAUUGGAUUUCCAGACUGCUAUGCUGCACGCCUAUAACUGCCUCUAGAGACCCAAUGGAUGCCUUGUACCACCUGCCCACCCCUGAACUGGAGCAGCCUAGUAACUAAGAGGCUGAGGCAAAAGACCAGAGAUCCCUGGUUUGAAUCUUGCUUUGCCAUGAAGUCGCUAGAUGAACCUUAGGCAAGCUGUUUUUGCACACAGCUCAACUCCCCCGUCUGCAGCAUGGAGAGAACAAUAAAUGUUUGGUUGAUUCUCAGAGCUUAGUCUCACCAUUUUCCAAACACAGAGCCUCAUCCAGACACAAAACUUUGAGGUUUUCUACAUCCAAGCAGUAUAUAUAUAUAUGUUGGUGCUGACCUUUAAAGCCCUACACGGCCUCGGCUCAGUAUACCUGAAGGAGCGUCUCCACCGCCACCAUUCUGCCCGGACACUGAGGUCCAGCUCCAAGGACCUUCUGGUGGUUCCCUCACUGCGAGAAGUGAGGUUACAGGGAACCAGGCAGAGGGCCUUCUCGGUAGUGGUGCCUGCCCUGUGGAAUGCCCUCCCAUCAGAUGUCAAGGAAAUAAACAACUAUUGGACUUUUAGAAGACAUCUGAAGGCAGCCCUGUUUAGGGAAGUUUUUAAUGUUUGAUGUUUUAUUGUGCUUUUAAUAUUCUAUUGGGAGCCACCCAGAGUGGCAGGAGAAACCCAGCCAGAUAGAUGGGGUAGAAAUAAUAAAUGAUGAUGAUGAAGAUGAUGAAAAAAUCAAAUGAAAAAACAAAACAACAAAAAAAGCUUACUGAACAUUUGUGAACUAGUCAAGCAUUCCUGCUUGACCUAACCUAACCUCCAAAGGUGUUUAGAGGAUCAGAACAAAGCAAGGGUUACGCAUAAGGCACCCAGAGUGUCCUAGAGGAAGAUAAGACCCAUGCCCAAAAUGCAGUAGAUAUAAUUAUGCAAAAAGAAUUAUGCAAAACUAUAUUAGGAAGAAAUGACAUUUCCCAAAUUGUGCAGCAAAUAGGGAUGCUUGCUCUCUGAAGGACGCAUUCCAAAUAUUCUUUUUUCCUUCUUUUCCCCCUUUUCUUUCCCUGGCUUGCUAGGACCUGGAGAAUUUUACCCUAGCGACUGAUGUAAACGGCAAACCUCUCCUCCUGGAAGGGAAGGGCAUUUGCCCCUUUGACCCUCAACAUCAGAAUACAGCAAUCGUAGUCGGUGAGCCCUUGUAACACCCCAGAAUCAUUGCCUGUCCCCCACGACACAUUACUAAAGGCUCUAAUCCAGCCUUUCUCUCCAGAUGUUUUGGACUACAACUCCCAUCAGCCCCCGCCAGCUGGCAAUAGAGGCCUGUGCUGUGCCCGGACCCAUGCUGGUGCCUUUCCCAGGGAUGUGCACUGGAGAUGAGAUGCCCAUUCUGAGAUUUAACUGUUAUGGGCCCUGGGGAAGGAGCUGAAGGGUGGGGAUGUUAGCAAAGCAUACUGACUGGCAAUGAAUUACCAGAACUCCAGAAAACAGGGACUGUUCCUGAGAAGGAAUCAUCUUGUUUCCUGCCUUUACUCUGCAGAUGGCGAGCUUUACACGGGUACCAGGAACAACUUUCAAGGCAACGAGGCCAUCAUCACUCGCACCCUGGGCAGCAGGACUGUUUUGAAGACAGAUAACUGGCUGCAUGGUAAGAGCACAACCGGAGGACUGGGGAAGGGGGAAGGGUCUUAGUCCAACCCCCAACUAGAAUCCAGUGACUCCCACCAUCCACCAUGGCCUGGUCGCCUAGGCAACUGAUAAGUUAAUGGAUUGGUACCCAGAGAAGAUGCAUCUCCUAGGCAACAAGCUUUCGCCUGGGGAUUCACGCCAGCUGGGUCAAGAACUGGGAGGGCAAAGGGGAUCUCAUGUCUGGCUUCCUUCUCCAGGUGAUGCAGCUUUUGUGGCCUCCUUCAACAUCCCGGUCGAUGACAAAGUCUACUUUUUCUUUGGGGAAACAGCUAAGGAGUUUGACUUCUUUGAGAAACUGACCGUCUCCAGGGUGGCUCGUGUCUGCAAGGUGAGCCGUCUCAAGAAUCAAGGGAGCUUUUGAGCUGGGACUUGUUUGGGCUCAGCCCCAGGAACAUAUUUUCCGUGGCAAAGGUUUAGCUCUUGAAUGUCUGAAGGAGUAAUACAUGAGCAUGUGCAGAGUGGCUAUCCCUUGCCUUCAUUCAUCACAUAUCUGGGAUUGGAAAAGAGGGUUUCCCAAGAAGGAACUGGAGCCAGAAUUUAAUUUUAAUUAUUUUGCUAACAUAUUGGAAAGGAUUUUCCUUUACAAAAAAAGACAACAAUAAGGUCAAGGUUGGUAGUUUGGAGCAAGGAGACAUAAUAGAGAUUUAUUCCCUUUUGGACAAUAGUGGACUGCCAAUGAUUUUCCCUUUCCCUCUCGUAAUGCUUGAAUUAUAAGAAGCAGAUUUGGGGCAGACAAAUGAAAGGACGAAGUGUAAUUUGAGAAUCCACUGGCACAAUAUGUACUGAUGGCUGGUAGCUUAAAUAGUUUUUAGUUUUGGAUUUUUUUAAAAAAAUAUUGGACAAGUUCACAGAGGCUAGGUCAGCCAGUGGCAAUUACAUAGGACUUCUGUGUUCAGUCUCCCUCUGAAUAUCAGAUGCUUUCAUGCCCUUGCUCCUAUCCAUCCUUCCUGAAAUCUCUUAACUGGAGACCAGAACAUAAGGGGAGCUUCUGCUAAAUCAGAAAGGAUGGCUUUCUAGGGUUGCUUUCCCAAAACUGAUGCCCGCCAGAUGUUAGUAGUAGUAGUAAAAGUGGCAUCAUCAUCAUCAUUGCAUUUAUUAGCCUUCACCAGCAGGUCAAAGGGCAGGUUGCAACAAUUUAAAAUUCAGAAUUAAAGAUAGGAAAAGCAAUUAGGGGUGUUGUACUACUACUGCCAUUAUCACUGUCCAUUGGCUGUACAGUUAGGGCCAGUGACUCCAGCAUUGCAGCAUGUUCCUUUGAAUCCCUUCCAACUCUACAAUUUUAUUACAGUGGUACCUCGGGUUACAGACGUUUCAGGUUACAGACUCCGCUAACCCAGACAUACCGUAGUACCUCAGGUUAAGAACUUUGCUUCAGGAUGAGAACAGAAAUCGUGCAGCGGCGGUGCAGCGGCAGCAGGAGGCCCCAUUAGCUAAAGUGGUGCUUCAGGUUAAGAACAGUUUCAGGUUAAGAACGGACCUCCGGAACGAAUUAAGUUCUUAACCCGAGGUACCACUGUAUUCUGUGAACAUUUGUAGGGUUGCAAGCUAUGGAAGGUUGAUCUAAUGACUCUAGCAUAGGGAUAUCAAAAAACCGCUGGUGAAAAUUGAAAAGGAAGUGAAAAUUGCUGCAAUCUGUGCUUCCGUCUGUGGCCAGGAAUGGAAAUCAGUCAGGCGAAUUCUAUUUGUACUUCUUCACAUAAUUUUGUUGGGUUUUUUUAAGCACACAAACAAUACAUAAUGAAUGGCUUAUUAAACAUUGUUAUAACGUUUCUCUUUUACAUUGCGAUGAAUGUAACUUCACAAUUUACAUAACUUACACUAAACAGCAGACAGCAAGAUGAAUAACAUAGUAGUUGGUGAAAUCUGAACUGCAGUGGAAUGGAAGCAGUGCUGAUUGUGACAAAAUGCAGUUUGGAGGGGAAAUCGCUGCUUUUUUACAUCCCAACUCCAGCAUCUUGCUUUUUCUCUCAGUGGUCAACCAGACUCCUCUGGGAAGCCCAGAAGCAGGACACCCAUGUAGGGAACAGCUAGGGAUUGAACCUGAGACCUGCCUCCAGAUCAUAGGUGGCAAACUUCACACAGGCACAAUGAACAACUUUUCAAGUGUGUAUUAUAAAUAGUUAAAUAAAUGGGAAGAAAAGUCACAUUGCACAUCCUCAGUGUGAGGACUAAGCAUAUGCUUUUACCACUGUUGUUGUUUAAUACAUCGUGAUUCAGGUUUCAUUAUAAAAUCAAGGCCAAAAUCAAGAGAAAAAUGUGCAACAUUGCAUAAAACAGAAAAACAAAGCAAACAGUAACAUUGACAGGAUUAAUACAGAUAACCAGCAAUCUGAUUAUCCCAAGAGAGCCAUUAUACAAUUCAGGGGCUACUUAGGGACCUGAAGGUGAAGGGGAGGUUAAUAAUAAUAAUAAUAAUAAUAAUAUACAGUGGUACCUCGGUUAUCAAACAUAAUCCGUUCCAGAAGACCGUUCGACUUCUGAAAUGUUCGAAAACCGAGGCGCAAAGGGAGGUCUGCAAAGUCCAUGAAUAAAAUUGGAAAAAACUCAGCGGAAGCCAUUGGACUUCCAAGGCACAUUCGAAAACGGAAGCAUUUACUUCCAGUUUUCGCCGUUCAGAAACCGAAACGUUCGGCUUCCGAGAUGUUCAGCAACUGAGAUACCACUGUCUACUCGUUCAAUUGGUCUGCUAUCAGGCCAACAGUGAGUAAGCGAGGAAGUGGUUAAAUUGUCUCCCUGGUUUGUUAGUGAUGCUUGCUUUUCCGUCCUCCCUAGAAUGAUGUUGGAGGAGACAAGGUGUUGCAAAGGAAAUGGACCACAUUUCUGAAAGCUCAGCUGUCUUGCACCCAGCAGGGGCAGUUCCCUUAUACCGUCAUCCAACACAUGUUUGCCCUCCCACAGCCAGGAGGUGGUGCUGAUUUCUACGGUGUCUUCGGUUCUCAGUGGUAAGGUUGUGAGGGUCUUAGUCUUAGUGAGGGUGGGGGAGAAAUUUGGGUUGGUUUGCAUUUUAACGGGAACCUCCCUAAUCUGCACUUCCCCAAACAUUAAAUAAAACAUUAAAUUGGUAUCUGAAGAAGUGUGCAUGCACAUGAAAACUUAUACCCAGAACAAACUUAGUUGGUCUCUAAGGUUCUACUUGACAAUUUUUCAAUUUUUUUAUUUAUUAAAUUAAUUGAAACACAACUAUCCUUCAAAACUUGUGCUUCUCUGAAUUUUGCAAUGUAGUUCUCCAGCCCCAAAUUGCAUAUCUUACUGACAGCAAAAAGCCAAAAGGAAUUAUAUUAGGCAAAAUUGUUUAUUAAAAAAGUGUGUCAGGAGAAAUGCACACUAAAAUGCUGACAAAUGCUUGUACAGACCUUUUUAGAAAAAUAUAAUAAGGCAAACUGAUGUGGAAAUGCAGCAAGCUGAACUUGAGAUUGGAAAAAUGAGAAACUGAAAAAAGCUGAAAUUGACAGAUCAUCCACUCUUACUUCAGAAUUCAUUUUUGGUCUAGCAUUGUGCUAAUUGGAGAUAAAUAAAUGUGCCUCAGAGAAUAUGCAAAAUUCUAGUGGGGUAACUACCUUGUAUAUUUCUUUGCAGGCAGGCAGGAAAUCUUGGGAGCUCAGCGGUGUGUGCCUUCAGGCACGAUGCUAUCAAAAAAGCCUUUGAUGGGAAAUACAAAGAGUUGAACAAGGACUGUUCCCGAUGGAUGACCUACAACGGCCAGGCCAUGAACCCUCGUCCUGGCAGUGUAUGUAUUGUUCCUAGCAUUCUCCUUGCAUUGAAGCCAGAGUCUGCCUUGCCCUCUUCUUAAUCAAGUUUGAUAUAAACUUUCCUGCCUUUAAAUGUAGUUCUUGCACCAAAUUGAACAGGCCCUAGAAAGGCAGCCAUAACGCCUUGGUAAACUCACGAGGCAAGUGUUCCCCAGGUUGGAAUGGAUGUUCUUCCCAUCAGCAAUACUCCUGGGCCAAAUCCAGUGGUUUAUCCAAAACAAAUCAUGUACCUAAAAAGGGCAAUACGUGGGCCAUGUUGUCUUAAGGUUUGUUGUCCCCUCUGUACCUUUCUCUUUGCCUCUCCAUAUGCUUGGACUGGUGGUAACAUGGCAGAAGGUGUUAUGUAUCCAGCAUGCCUGGAAUUUUGCUGCCAUAAAAUGGUUUGCACUGUUGGUCACGAGUUCACCUGGAGGGGUUGUUCAGUUGUGCAACAAUGUCAAAGUAAUGUCAGGCGAGGAGAGUAUUUCACUGUACCUGGAAUAGUGCUGAUGCCAACUGAAUAGUGGUGACCUCCCAGUUCACCUAGAUCAGCUGUGGACCUUUUCCAAGGUCUAUCAAGAUCAGGGUGUAGAGACGAAAGGUUCCUUCCAUGAUGUUGAUCUGUUUCUUCUGCAAUAGUCGCAGGAUAAGAUUUUAUUCCUUCUGUUGUCCUGCCCAGUUGCAGCCCUUUUCUCUCUUAUGGCAUUUGGUCAGCUGUAGGUGUCCUUUGGAGGGUCCCCAAAGCUUUCGAUUCAUCACACAGAGCAAUUCAAGCCUCUAUAUGUCCUUCCAACUCCCAGCACCUUCCAGAUUCACAGACACUUUAGCCCUGGCUGUCAUCUUCAUAACUACAAGAUCAUGUCACCCACAGCCAGGUGAAAGGGUGGGGAAAACCCACUCAGUUGUUUCUGUGACAAAACACCAACAUAUUUGCACAUGCAGAUAAGCUACUUGGCCAGGGUAUAUUGUCUUAACCAAGAGACUGGAUUGACCAGUUCAGCAGGUUCACUCUGCUAUAUUCUAAGCUCCCCAUUACUAAAUCACAGGCUUGGUGGGACCCACAGAUAUAAUCCAGAGCAACCCCACAAACCUACAACAAUAUUUUAAUUAUUACAGAAAGAACUAAGUGGUGCUCCUGGUCACUCUGUUGGCUUUUUGCAGCACCAUAGCUCAGGGCCAGCUUUGCCUGGAAAAAGGCCCCCCAUUCAAUCUGUGACAUCUCCAGGCAAGGCUGGAAAAGAACCCUGCCUGAAUCUCUGGCUGCAAGUGGCUGCAAGUCAGUAUAGAUCUGGGGUAGCUGACGUGAUGCUCUCCAGAAGUCGUUGGAUGACAGCUUCCAACAUCGCAAACCAUUGGCCAUUCUGAGGGCAGCAGCUCAGUACAGGGGUACCUUGGUUCUGGAACUUAAUCUGUUCUGGGAGUCUGUUUGACUCCCAAAGCCAUUCAACAACCAAGGCACGGCUUCCGGUUGGCUGCAGAAGCUUCCUGCACUCACUCGGAAGCCAUGGAAGCCGCAUCGGACAUUCGGCUUCCGAAAACAUUCGCAAACCAGAACACUUACUUCUGGGUUUGUGGCAUUUGGGAGCCGAUGUGUUCAGGAGCCAAACCUUUCGGGUACCGAGAUACCACUGUAUAGUUUUACAGUAAAAAGCUAGAAGAACUAAUCGUCUGACUCAGUCAAAGGCAGCUUCCUAUCUUUUAUAAUGUUUGGGCUUCUUCUCCCUACAGUGUUCUGUCGGCCCGUCUUCAGACAAAGCUCUGACGUUCAUGAAAGACCACUACCUGAUGGAUGAGAAGAUUGAGCCGACCCAUAACCAACCUCUGCUGGUGAAGCAAAACAUUAAAUACACCCGGAUUGUGGUGCACCAAACUCAGAACAGCUUGGGACAUCCCUACAACGUGAUGUUUCUUGGGACAGGUAUGGGUGGUCGUUGUUGUUGUUUGCUUUGGUGGUGGACAUUGAGCUAAUUGCUUUGUCACCUCGUUAUUUCCUUUGACCCAACAAGGGCUGCAACAUUUAACCAACUGAUGAGCUGAACAGCAUUGAUCACAAGCAUUUUGAUUAAUAAUAAUAAUAAUAAUAAUAAUAAUAAUAAUAAUAAUAAUAAUUUUUAUUAAUACCCUGCCCAUCUGGCUGGGUUUCCCCAGCCACUCUGAGCAGCUUCCAACAGAAUAUUAAACAGAAUAAAACUUUAAACGUUAACAACUUCCCUAAACAGGGCUGCCUUCAGAUGUCUUGUAAAAGUCAGAUAGUUGUUUAUUUCCUUGACAUCUGGUGGGAGGGCAUUCCACAGGGUGGGCGCUACCACUCCCAGAAGCUAGCUACAUGCCACGUCCAUCAUGUCGAAGGUCACCAGAUAAUGUUCAUAGAACAGAUAAGGUUCAUAGAAUCAUAGAAGCGCAGAGUUGGAAGGGACCCAAAGGGGCCCUGCAAUGUAGGAACCACAACCUUCUCCCAUGAGAAACUGGGAAAGCUGAUUGUGGGAGUGCAGACACCUUUGUCUUCCCAAGCCUCACCCAUCUUAGCUCUUUCUGCUUAGGGCCUAAUUUCCCCUUGAAGUCAGGAGGGGCAGCACAAGAGAACAGCCCUCCCCCCCCCCAUGGCUUACUUUCUGUCUGUCAACAGAAAGGCAACCCCCUGCCACACAGUUUGGGCUCUGAAAGUGGAAGUGAACCUCAUGUAUGAGGGAGGGUGGACUGCAAGAGGGGAAGAGAUCAGUUCCCCUCACCCACAUGCAUGGGUGUAGCCAGGAUUUUUGUGGGGGGCGGGUUUCAGGCCUUUUGUUGGGGGGGACAGAAUCUCAGUUAACUAUGUAGGGGGCAGCUGCCCCUCUCCACCCCCCACCCCUUGGCUACGACCAUGCCCACAUGUGUCCCUUUUGGGGACACAGAGCCCUUGAUGGGGGCAGGCCUGCAUUUUAACAAACCCUUCUGCCCGCACUAUGUCUCACUUGAUACCUUGUCUUCCACAGACAAAGGUGCCCUUCACAAAGCUGUGGUCGUCGGCACCGAGGCUCACAUCAUUGAGGAGAUCCAGCUGUUUGAGAAGCCAGAGGCAGUCCAAAACCUGCUGCUCUCCCCUGGAAAGGUGAGCAUCCUUUCUUGCAUAGGAUUGGGGCAACAUACUUCUAAGGGGCCGUAUCUCAUAAAGAAAACCGCAGACAUCCAUCUCAUAGCUACACAAAGAGAGAAACAAGAAUAAAAAUGAUAAUGACCAUGGCCUUCCUCUGCCUGUGCCUUCUUAGGGGAUUCUGUAUGUGGGCUAUUCCACGGGAGUCCUGCAAGUGCCCUUGGCAAACUGCAGCAUCUACACAACCUGUGCCAACUGUGUUUUAGCGCGAGAUCCUUACUGCGGCUGGGAUGGUCAGAAGUGCCGAGAUAUCUGGGGUGCUACAGAGAACUUGUGAGUAUUUGCAGUAUCCCUCAGGGAUUGUCGCAUCAAAAAAUAACAGGGCCCCCAAAUACGUGCAUGAUAACUGACACAAUCCAUUCACGACAUCAUAAUGUGGUGUUAGCAGUCCUUUCCUAGCUUAUGCUGUGCUAAAUUUCACAUCUGUAGCGUGAAAGAAGCCCGUAUCUUCAUGGAACCUCUCUGUCCAGAGGCAGUCCAUCACUGAAUACCAGAUGCUAGGAACCAACGGCAGGGAACUUGGAAGCUUCCUAGAAGCAUCCGAUUGGCUGCUGUGAGAAAUGUGAUAGUGGGGUAGACGAACUGAAAUAUACUCGGAGUUGAGUGUGGAUUUCAUCCUCUUUAUUCAGCUCCUAGUAGUAAGGAAUGCCAGUUCCCCCGAAAUGUCUGUUUUAUAUACACAGUGGGCCCCAUGUGAUUGGCUAAUUCUAGGAUUCUCCUGUAGGCCAAUCAGGUUGCAGAUUCACUUCCACCUGGAGUUGGAUUGGGUGGCUACUACGGACCAAUCAGACUGCUGCAUUCUGGAUCCUAUUGUUCUAGGAGCAAUCAGACUGCUGCAUUCUGAAUCCUAUUGUUCUAGGACCAAUCAGACUGCUGCAUUUUGGAUCCUAUUCACUCAGGACAUAACAAGGACCCAACUCAGUCUGAUACAACAUGGCUCAGCUUAAUUGCUCCCUAAAUGCUAAUGGUGUUGUGGUGGCACUGGAGCCUACGGUUUUGGGUUGUAGUACUCCUUUUGUGAAGCAUCCCAGAUAUAGGUUAAUACCCUCUCAUUCCCCCCCCGCCGCCCACCUCCCCUUGUUAUUUAUUUAUUUAUCUUAGGUUUAUACCCCCACCUUUCUUCUGUCAUGGAAGCCAAGGUGGUGUGCAUGUGGUUAGGGAGAAUACUUGCCUUGCAUGUAGAAAGUUUCAAAUUCAAUCCUUAAUGUCUCCAGGUAGAACAGGGAUAAAACGCCCUGUCUGAAGCCCUGGGAAGUCGCUGCCCAAAUCAGUGCAGACAUUACUGAACCAGUAAUAACAAUAUAAUCAUAAUCAUAAUUUAUUACUUAUACACCACCCAUCUGACUGGGUUGCUCCGGCCACGCUGGGCAGCUUCCAACAAAAAUACAGUGCGGAGGGGAUCAAACAUUAGAAGCCUCCUGAAACAGGGCUGCCUUCAGAUGUCUACGAAAAGUUAUAUGGUUAUUUAAUUCCUUGACAUCUGAUGGGAGGACGUUCCAUAGUUAGGGUGCCACUACUGAGAAUGCCCUCUGCCUGUUUCCCUGUACCUUCAUGUCUUGCAGUGAGGGAACUGCUAGAAGUUGGAUCUCUGUUCCUUGCCUAGACAGCGGGGGUGGAGACGCUCCUUCAUAUAUACAGGGCUGAGGCCAUUUAGGGCUUUAAAGGUCAGCACCAACACUUUGAAUUGUGCUCGGAAGCAUAUUGGGAGCCAAUGUAAUUAUUUUAGGACCCGUGUUACGUGGCCUGGUGGCUGCUCCCAGUCACUAGUCUGGCAGCCGCAUUCUGGAUUAGCUGUAGUUUCUGAGUCACCUUCAAAGGUGGCCAUUCAUAAAGCACACUGCAGCAGUCCAGUCAGGAGAUAACCAGAGCAUGUACCACUUUGGCGAGACAGUACCCGGGAAGGUGGGGUCUCAUCCAGCGUACAAGAUAGAAUUGGUAGACAGAUGGACUAAAGGUCUGUAUAAAGGAGCUUUCUAAGUUUGUAUGGGUCAUAGGCGCUCACCUAUCCAGGUACUGUCCAGACCUGUCCCACACCUGCUUCAGCAAGGUGGCAUGAACCUUCUCUCUCUCUGUCUCUCUCUGAAAUAAAAUGCAAAUUUUGAGAGGAGAAGUCUGUUGACUGCUGUAACCCACAAGAGCUAAUUGGGCUCUCCAUGGACAGUUUUACAGUCUAAUUCCAAAUGCCAUGUGCUGAAGACAAAAUGCAAGGCUACGUGCUCCAUCUGUGGGUUUUUUGGAGGCCUCUGGUUGGCCACAGAAGAAAACACUGGAUUGGUCUGCUUAGUAGGGAUGAGGGAGAAAUUUGGCUUUAUUCAAAACAUUUUUUUAAUGAGAAUCUACCUAAUACAUGCUUACCUAAUAAUACAUGUGAACUAAAAUGCAGGUAUCUUUUAACCUUCACGCUUCUCCAGAUUUUGCUCUGCAGUUCUCCAACCAAAACAUGUUUACAAGAAUAAAGGCUUCUGUUAGUGAAAAGAAUGUGCUAGAAUGUAUUAAAUUAGGGAAAUUAUUGCAAAAAAAUGCAUAUACUAGGCAAAAUCGCAUGCACAUGAAAAUUAUUAUGAGAUCAUAUAGACUUGUGAGAGGAAAUUGCUGUUUUUAAAAAAAUUAUUUAUGCUUUUCAGGUUUAUACAUUUCACUAAUUUUACAAUCAUUUUAACAUUUCAAAACUUGAGUUCAUCCCCCCUCUUUCUGCGGUUCCUUAAAUUUAUUUUUAAUAUCUUCUGCAUAUUCAAAUUAACUUAAUUUAUUCUUCUACUUUAAAUAUAUACUCUUAUAAAACUGCAGGUUAUUACAAUAAUCCUGCCAAUGUUCUUAUCUGUUUACAAUUUAUCUGUAAAUAUUCAAUAAACCAUUUCCAUUCUUUUAUAAAAAGUUUGUUAUCUUGAUUCUUCCGGUAAGUUUUGCCAUUUCUGCAUAUUCCAUAAGUUUUUUGUAUCCAUUCUUCUUUUGCUGGGACUUCUUCUUCUUUCCAUUUCUGGGCGAGUAACAUUCUUGUCACUGUAGUAGCAUUCAUGAAUAAGUUUCUAUACGUUUUAGGUAGUUCUGUCCCUAUAAUUCCCAAAAGAAUCUCAAUUGGGGAAAUUGCAAUCUGAUGUGGAAAUGGGGAAAACUGAAUUUAAGAUGGGGAAACCGAGAAAAAUCAAAAGGGACAGAUUUGUCCUUCCCCGCUUCUUAGUACAACCCAGUAAGGCAGUUCUUACUUUCCUGUCUUCUCUUUGUUCCUAGGAAUGACUUGGUGCAGAAUAUCGAGACAGGGAAGCCGGAUCCUGGGUGCCAGCCCAAGAGUGGAAUUGGCAGAGCCAUAGCAAGGACUCGGAGUGGCCCUGAAAGCAGUUUGCUAACAAGUUUAGUAUGAGCCUUGCAGAGUUUGAUUGAUCGGCGAAGGUUCUUCCCCUGUUCGGAAACAAAAGGCCUUGUACUUCCCAAGGCUGUUUGUUGCUUUGCGAAAGCAAUGCAUUUGAAAGCAAGAUGCCCGUUUGCUAAAGCCACGCACAAGUUUCAUUUGGGAAGACCAUCCAAGAAAAUGAUAGGGGAGGGGAAUGUGUGUUAGGAAUCCCAAUGGCUGUGGUCGACUAUCUUUGCAACCUCUGCUGCUCCUAAGGAUUUUAAAUUCAUUUCAAGCAGGGAUGAGAAAUUUGCUAGACAAUGUUGGAGGCAGUGAUCAGUCUAUGGCAGAAGGGUAGGAGAGGGUUUGGGGUAGCAAACUGUCAUGUGCACCCAUGUUCACUGUGUUCUCCAGCUGCCUUGGGACAGUCCCUGGUUGUUGCUCUUAUUUUAUCUUUAAGGGAGAUGUUGGUAAUGAUUUUUUUUAAAGAAAAACUUAGCGUGUCCACAAUGUGUGUUCCAUCAGAUUCCAACUCCCUCCCCUCCAAGGUGAAUCCUUUUUGAGCAAAUUCGGCUAGCCAGUCCUGCUAACAGAAGCCUGUGCAACAGGGAUCUCCUCCCACCCACUGCACUCCUAAAAAAAAAAAUUGGCUGGAGGGGUCAGGAGGAGAGAGGAGAUUGUUGCAUCAGGCAAGCAGAAACAUUUGCGCUGAUGGAGCAAUCCCUUAGAGCUAUGUUUAAGGGUGUGAGAUGCAGAUGUGUGCACUUGUGCGCAUGCAAACCAAUGCAUGUGCAUGAACGCUAGAGUGUCCAGCAGUGUGUAGCCAGCCAUCAAGCCCACAUGGUGACUCUUGAAAUGUGAUCAGGGAUGCUGUAAGUACAAACAAUACAUCCUUAUUUUUUAUCUAUGAAAUAGUGGAGGGCAUGAAUUACAGCUUUGUUUCUCUUCCUAUAAAUUUCAGUUAUGACCGCUUCGUUCAACACCAUGGUGAGGCUGCCCUGCCCGCAGGCUUCCGCUCUGGCCAACUACUCGUGGAACUACCCAGACAGGAAGAUUCCGGACAGGCUGAUCCUAGAGGACGACAAGGCCCUAGUCAUCAUUGUGCACGAGGAGACGUUGGGUCUCUAUGAGUGCUGGGCCAGCGAGAACGGCUACCAGCAAUCUGUGGCACGCUACCACGUGAGGACCCACGACUCCCCUGCCAGGGUGGACGGAGCCCGCGAAUCCUAUGCUGAUGGAGAGCCAGUGGGGGAGUAUCGUUCCUACUGGGUCCAGUUUGUCACUGUGACGGUGCUGCUGUCAAUGACCUUGGCUGUCGUGGUAGCGCUGGCCUUUUUCUCCUACCACGACAAGCUGAAAGCGAGGAGCAAAGUGCAGGGCUGCAGCAGCCUCCCUGACGCCAGUAAGGCCUCCGGGCAAGAGAAGGUCCCUCUCAACAGCAGCCAGAUGCCCCCGCAAAGCAGCGAAUACCAGAUGCAGGGCCCUUGCCAGGAAGCUUCCGACAGCUCCAAAACCUGCUGCGUUGAAGUGGGGGGGCCCUUUCAGGACAUCGAUGCUGACAACAACCGCUUGGACUCGGGCCUGGCCAACGGGGACGACUCUAGAGCGGCCGUGGCAGCGGAGGGGAUCUAG